CAGUCGUGUCCGCCUCUCUUUCAUUCACCCUUUUCUCUCUCAGAAAUCGUCAACAUGACUAGCGACAUGACAGAGAAGGAAACCUCGGCGUUGGAGGUCGAGGCGCAGCCCACCUCCAAGGACGAACCUGUCUACGAUGCCGGCGAGAAGGUUGACUACGACAGAGCGGGCGCCAUCGAUGCCGAGGAGGUCGAACAUCGGAUGACGGUGCUGCAAGCUGUCAAGGCCUAUCCCGCUGCCAGCUGGUGGGCUUUCGUCAUGUCGUGCACCAUUAUCAUGGAGUCAUACUGUGUUUUCCUAAUGGGACAGUUCAUAGCCACCCAUCGAUUCGCCCAGGAUUUUGGCGUAUGGAGCGACGUCCAAAAUGAUUGGAUCAUCGAAGCUUCAUGGCAGUCAGCAUUCCAGUGUAGCGGUCCACUUGGUGCCUUCAUUGGAGUAUUCGUGGCCGGUCCCAUCACCAGUUAUAUUGGAUAUCGAUGGGCAACCAUUGGCGGUCUCAUGGCCUUGAAUGCCUUCAUCUUCAUCUUCUUUUUCGGCCAGAGCCAGGGGAUGUUCUUCGCCGCCCAGAUCCUGGAAGGUAUCCCGUGGGGCAUUUUCAUCGCCAAUGCCCCCGCCUACUGUGCCGAGAUUGUGCCCAUGAGAUUGAGAGCUCCCGCAACGCAGAUGUUGCAGAUGUUCUGGGCAAUUGGCUCGAUCAUUGUCGGCGGGAUCACUUACCACUACCAAUCGAAGGAUAACUCCUCAGCGUACAGAGUCCCCAUUGCACUCCAAUGGAUGUUCCCUACUCCCCUCGCUAUCCUACUCUUCCUUGCGCCUGAGUCGCCCUGGUGGCUCGUACGACAGGGCCGUCUGGCCGACGCAGAGAAGGCCGUCAAGCGCCUGGGCAGCGCGAAUUCAAACGAUAAUCCCGCCGACGCAGUCGCAAUGAUGCGUCGCACGAUCGAGCUGGAGAAGACAGUGAAGAAGCCCAGUCUCGUUGAACUGUGGAAAGGGACCGAUCUCUACCGCACAUUGAUUGUGUGCGGUGUGUACGCAUCUCAGAACCUGACGGGCAAUCUGAUCGCUAACCAAGCGGUAUACUUCUUCAAACAGGCCGGCAUGGCAGACAACACCGCAUUUGCACUCGGUCUGAUCACCUCGGCCCUGCAAAUGAUCAUGGUCAUGCUCUCGUGGGUGCUGACCACCUACCUCGGCCGACGCACGAUCUACGUGUACGGGCAGCUCAUCAACUGUGCAUUCUUGGUCGCGCUCGGGAUUGCGGCGUCAGUGGGCGCGAGUAAGGCAGCGAGCAACGCGCAAGCGUCCCUCGGCUUGAUCGUCUCCGUGCUGUUCUGCUUGGGACCUGCGCCUGCCUCGUGGGUCAUCAUCGGCGAGACAUCGUCCGUGCGUCUCAGGCCCCUGACAACUGGUAUGGGACGAGGUGCCUACUACAUCGUCAAUAUCCCUUGCAUCUUCCUGUCCAGCUACAUGCUCAACACGGAUAAGUGGAACCUGGGCGGCAAGAGCGGCUACAUCUGGGCCGGCACUGCUUUUUUCUGCACCGCCAUGUCUUGGCUCUGGAUUCCCGAGAUGAAGAACAGGUCCUUCCGUGAGAUCGACAUUCUGUUCAAGCGUCGUGUCCCGGCUCGCAAGUGGAAGCGGGAGGUUGUCGAUAUUCGCGAUGAUGAGUAG